AUGAUGAUAAUUUCAAAAAAAGAGGAAGAAUCGAUUGCACAUUUAUUAUCUGAUGCACAUUUAGAACCAGAUGUUGAAAUAGGAAUUAUUAAAAAUGUAACCAGUAGAUUGUUGGUAGGAUUAAGAUGGUGGAAUGAUAUUCAAGAGGAUGGAUCAAACAUGUGGAUGUUUGAAAGUCAUGAUCCAUCGAGACCAGUUAGUCCAACAGAUUCUCAUAUAUUUUGGGUUUCACUUUAUGCACCAAUAGUGAUAUGGAUAUUUUUUGGAUUUUUUGCAUUAUUAAAACAAUGCAAAUGCAAUAUUGGUUAUACUCAAUGUGACAAAGAUGCAAAAAAGAAAUGGGCAAGUAAUUUGGCAUCUAUGGCAGCAUCAGAAAGUCCAAGUCUUGUAGGAAGAUUAUUCACUACAGGUAUAGGAAAAUACUUUGGAUAA